GCCCGGCGCGGGCGGUGUCGCCCCCCGGCGGCGCGGAGCCCCGGCAGGGCCGUGUCCGCCGUGCAGCGGGAGCGGCGCGUCCCGGCGGGCAGCGCCCCGCAUGCAGCGCCCACCCUGGAGCAGCGCCGGCGGCUCGAGCAGCUCUCGCGGGCCUCGCGGCAGCGGCUGCUGCGCUCGCGGGACAAGAUGUUCUCCAAGUUCACCUCCAUCCUGCAGCACGCCGUGGAGGCGCUUGCACCAUCCCUUCCAUUACAAGAAGAUUUUGUUUACCACUGGAAAGCCAUCACCCAUUACUACAUAGAGACAUCAGAUGACAAAGCUCCUGUGACCGAUACCAACAUCCCUUCUCACCUGGAACAGAUGUUGGAUAUUCUAGUUCAAGAAGAAAAUGAGAGGGAAUCAGGUGAAACAGGACCGUGUAUGGAAUAUUUGCUACACCACAAGAUUUUGGAGACACUCUACACACUGGGAAAAGCUGAUUGCCCUCCAGGAAUGAAACAGCAAGUUUUGGCUUUUUAUACAAAACUUCUUGGAAGGAUACGACAACCUCUUCUUCCCCACAUAAAUGUGCAUAGGCCAGUGCAGAAAUUGAUCAGGCUGUGUGGUGAAGUUCUGGCAACACCAACAGAAAAUGAAGAAAUUCAGUUCCUCUGUAUAGUAUGUGCAAAGCUGAAACAGGAUCCGUACUUGGUCAACUUCUUUCUUGAGGUCAUUCAAGAUCCUGUUUUACAUCUUUGCAGGAGGCAGAGCAAGUUAAAAGCAAUGGCUUCCAAAGGAUCAGCGGGUGUAAUCACAGAAGACAUGCUAAAAAGCCAAGACUCUUUGAAAACAGAUACAGGACAGCCUGUUCAGCCAGAGGAAAUGCCUAGUGCUGCUGCGGUGGAGCAAAUGGAGAAGGAGGAUGACCUCCUGCAACAGACAGAUGAUCUCUCUUUUAGUCUAGAUGAACUAAAUGUCACGUCAUCACCCGAGUCCUCCUCUGUUUGUCCAAAUCAAGACUAUAAUUUAGUGAAUUCUCUCCUAAACCUCACUAAAAGUCCGGACGGCCGGAUAGCGGUGAAGGCCUGUGAAGGCCUUAUGCUUCUGGUGAGUUUGCCAGAACCAGCAGCUGCCAAGUGCCUCACUCAAAGCACUUGUUUAUGUGAAUUGUUGACAGACAGGCUGGCCACCCUCUACAAAGCCCUGCCUCAGUCCCUGGAUCCCUUAGACAUUGAAACAGUGGAGGCAAUUAACUGGGGUUUGGAUUCCUAUAGCCACAAAGAAGAUGCAUCUGCUUUUCCAGGGAAAAGAGCAUUGAUUUCAUUUCUUUCAUGGUUUGACUACUGUGAUCAACUCAUCAAAGAAGCGCAAAAGACUGCUGCUGUUGCUAUGGCAAAAGCUGUGCGGGAGCAGUUUUUCAUUGAUGUUAUGGAACCUCAGCUGAUGCAAACUUCAGAGAUUGGAAUCCUCACAUCAACUGCGCUGUUGCAUCGCAUUGUUCGUCAAGUGACUUCAGAUGUCCUGCUGCAGGAAGUAGUUUAUUUUAUACUGGGAGAACACAGAGAGCCAGAAACUUUGACAGACAUCAAUAAGCAUCCAUUGCGACACAGAUUAAUUGAACACUGUGAUCAUAUUUCUGACGAGAUCAGCAUAAUGACUUUACGAAUGUUUGAGCACCUUUUGCAAAAACCCAAUGAGCACAUUCUUUAUAAUUUGGUUCUGAGAAAUUUAGAAGAAAGAAACUACAUAGAAUACAAGCCUUUCUGUCAAGAAGAUAAAGAUGUGGUAGAGAAUGGACAGAUCGCAGGAGCGGUAGACCUAGAGGAAGAUCCGUUAUUUACUGAUAUGUCUCCAGAUAACACCUUGUCAACUCAAGAGUGGCUCAGUGCUUCUCCACCUGUCAGUCCAGAACAUCCAAAAAAUGAUGGGAAGACUGAAGUUCAUAAAAUUGUAAAUAGUUUUCUCUGCCUUGUACCCGAUGAAGCUAAGUCGUCAUACCACGUGGAGGGUUCAGGUUACGAUACUUACCUCAGAGAUGCCCACAGACAAUUCCGGGAUUAUUGUGUCAUCUGCUUACGGUGGGAGUGGCCUGGAUCUCCCAGAUCCUUAGAAAAGUGCAAUUUAGAAGCACCAUUUUUUGAAGGACACUUCUUGAAAGUCCUGUUUGAAAGAAUGGGCAGAAUUCUUGAUCAGCCCUAUGAUGUAAAUUUACAAGUUACGUCAGUGUUGUCCAAACUGUCCUUGUUUCCCCAUCCCCAUAUACAUGAAUACCUUCUGGAUCCUUAUGUAAACCUAGCUACUGGCUGCAGGUCUCUCUUCUCUGUUAUCGUGAGGGUGGUCGGGGACCUCAUGGUUAGAAUCCAGCGCAUCCCAGAUUUCACUCCCAAACUUCUGCUGGUCAGAAAACGCUUGCUGGGCUUGGAGCCAGAAGGGCCCAUCAUUGACCACAUGACGUUACUAGAGGGCGUGAUUGUGCUGGAAGAGUUCUGCAAAGAGCUGGCAGCAAUAGCGUUUGUGAAGUAUCACGCCUCAUCUACACCGUAAGCAGCCUUGAGGAGCAGCCAGGCUCCAAAACCACCUCGCCUGUUCCAGCCGAAAAGUCUCUUGAUAACACCGAGAGGAGAAGAGGUGGUGCCUCCUGGCGAAGCGUCCGUUGACAUUUGGCAGAACUGGAAGACAAGUUACGUUCAUGAGAUGUUGACGUUGCGAGAAAGAGGGAUUCGAAUGGAUCGAGAAUAUGAUUGGGUGAAACCAAUACAUAGCAUUUCUAUCCACUGUGUGAAGAGCUGCAAAAGCUGCGUGAAGAACCACAGACGUCAGAGCUUGGUUAUUCUCUUGUGAUGAGGAUGUUUAAAGAGUUGGGUCUUCUGUAUGUUCUGGGGUUCACAUGCACCAGUUCGCUUUUUGUGACCGUAUUACUUUUAAGAAAGGAAAUUGAUUUUAUAAUAUUUUAAUGUCUUAAUUAUUUUUCUUUUCAGUUGGAUAUAUGAAAGGAAAUCACAACUCUCGCUGCAGCGUGUGUUAUUAAAAAUGAAGAGGUUCAAAAAAUCCCCAUCCAGUGGGAUAUAUUAGUGAGGGAUCAUUUUUGUUUCGGUGAAUCUUACAGACAACUCUGAGCUUGAUUCCCCAGUGGAUUACGUUAAGAGAAAGAUUAGUAUAAAAUCAAUACUAAUGGAAUUAAUCCUGAUUCAGCAUCACAUCCCUAACAAAUAUAUCUGAAGCGUACAUGUUUCUAGCAUGUUUGUCUCUGUCAUUCCAAGUGAUUGCUGUUCAGGUCAUCUAUAUAACCAGAUUUGCUUUAGGUUUUGACAUAUGAACUCUAGCUGCUUAACUCGUGUCACCUUUACAGGGAAGUUAAUUAUAGUUCAUCAGCAGUUGAUGCUGAAACAGUAUUUUUAAUUUCUUUUAAGUUGGUAUUUAGCCUGAAUUGGUUUAAGAAUCUUUUGUGCCUUGAAAAUUGGCAGCACGGACAUUCUGUCAGUUUUAGAAAUGGUUUUACUGCUUCUCUAACCAUAGCGGUAGUGCCCAGCGAAAGAGCAACUGAUGCCAGUUCAGUUAAAGCAUCGAUACCCCAUAUAGGACCAAAAUUUACAUCAGCUUUUUUUUGUGCUGGGAUGCAGCGAUGUCUCCGGUGGAUUUUUUUUUCAAUAGGAACACUCUCAGCCAGGGCAGGCGUUUGCGUUGCAAGUAGAGGGACAUUCAGACUUCAGUACACUUUGCUUCUAUUUCUUUAGCGUGAUGGCAGCCUGCAUAUUGGGCAGUUCUUGCUGCUCACUGCCACAAAUGCUGUCUGGCUCCGGUGGCUGCGCUUUAACCUCCAAGUCACACGGAAUGACGUGGAUGAGAGGCCUGUCCUGGUGUCCACACAGGCGUGUGCCAAACCUCCUUCCCCUCCCAUGAACCGAAUAGCGUAGGCAGGCAAGGUUUAGCUCCUUGUCUUCACAUUGUACCUCCACGUUUGUCUUUCCUUCUAUCCCAGCUGCACAGCUCACGCCUAGUUUGGAUGUGAUCACUCGUGUGCAAAUACAGACUGAUUGACUCAGUCACUGGAUUUGUUCUGGACAUGACUGUACCGAGAAUCAGAAUCCAUGCCUUCAAGGUCUUGGUUUUUAAUACACAUGGAGCCUUGGUGUUGAGAGGCCUUUUAAGUUAGCAGGUUAAUUAGAACAGUGUCACUGUUAAUGGGCUGAAUUUAUUCUGCGAAGAGGGUCCUGCUGGAAAACUUCCAGUACAGGUUCAGCUGGAGAGAGCAGUUCUGGAACUGGGGAUAUAUUUUGGCCGGUAAAACCUGUGUACGGUGGCUCUCGGUACUGGGAAGCUUCUAUAUGGAGCGUUGCAUUUAUCUGGCAAACAAAAGCAUGUUUGACUUCCUCACCUCCUCUUUUUUGCUGAAUUCAGUCCCAAAGUGUUUUCAGGUCAAAGUAGCAUAGUAGGAUAACCUUUUAAAAAGGAUACUUUUUCAUUUAUGUUCUUUAGAAACAUAGCUUGAAAGGAGCAAAUAAUUUCUAGUUGUAGGUACAGCAGCAAGUCCGUAGCAGAGGCUUCGCUUCAUCAGUGCAUACCUGACACAUAGUUUAGAGCACAUAAAUGUCUGCGCAGUGUUGUCUAAUAUAUGCAUUUGUUAUAAGUAAGGUCCCAGUUCAGCAAAGCAGUUCAAAAUAAGCCUAAUUUCAAAAAUUUUACUCCUAAAUCGCGAUCUUUUACGUGAACCAAGUUAAGCUCUUGAGCAGAAAUGCUGCUACUUUGCUGAAUUUGGAUCUUUGUUGGAUUUGCUUGAGCUUAAAUUACUUUUUCCUCAAUUUUCCUGUUUUCUUUAUUAUUUUGAAAGUUCUGGGAUACUUCCAGUGUCCCAGUAUCAGUGGAAACUGGAAAUGAUAAAACUGCCAUAAAUGAAAGCGGGAGAAAUGCUAAACAGAAGAUGCAAGAGCAUUCCAAGUAAUGUAAUAAUGUAUAAAGCCAUUCAAGGAGAUGCCUGAUCUCAAAUGGAAGCAUAACAUCACCUCUCUUGUUGUUUUCACUGAUACUUGAGCUCAUCUCACUGUGAGGAAUUGCAUGGGUCGGCUUCUGCAAGGGCUGCUGCAGCCUCGGUGGCAUUUUAACGCAGAACAGCCGACCACGCUGCAAAGGCAAUUCCCUCAUGCUUGUCCAUGAGAAAAGUAAGUAGAUGUAACUAUCGGCAAUCUUAAAUUCAAGAUAUAAUUGUCUGGUUUCCAGCAACAUCUGUUAUGUUCUUGCAAACCAAAUGUUUAGUUCAUAAAUUUAUAACACAUGGAUCCAUCCUGGUAGAAGUGAAGCAAUCCUGGAAGCUGCUUUGGCCUAAACUGCUUUUGUGAGUGCUGCCUACAGACCUUUAGUUACCACCCAUGAUGGCAAUGACCUUUAUAUUUGUAAAAGUGAUUUAAUCUUCCUUAAGAGAUGGAACUCAUUUAAUUAUUUUUGUCGUGAUAUUUUUCAUGCACUUUUCUUUUUUCUUUUUUUUUUUUUUUGUUAGAAGAAGGUUAGAAGUCAGUUCAGGUCCAUGUUUUCACCUUUCCAAUCUAUGCACAUCACUGAGGUGCCCGUUUUGUUUCUGUGUGCGUGUGUUUGUGGUUAUUUAUUACCUGGAGAUGGACACCUGAGGAGAAUACAUGGCACGAAGUUCACAGCUCCUCCAGAUGUCAGUGAGAAAUGCAAGUGAUUCUCACCUUAGGAAAUCCAGCCUCUAGUAUUAGAUUGGAAUAUUUGAGAGGUAAUACUAGAAUAAUUUUUAAUUUCAAAAAGAAGAUCCAAACCACAUUUUAACCCUGAUGCACCUGUGUGUAAAUAGACACAUUUUAUACCUUGUUUUUCCUCAUUUAUAGUAUGUAUUUGAUUUAGACUCCAGUAUAGAAGGUUUUGUAAUAAGCCAUGUGGUAGCUCUGGUAGAAUGAGUUUGUCUUUAGUUUCUGAUAUGACUGUAAUAUUCCUGCUAUCCGCAUCCUGUCUGUGUAAUGUUCUUACUAUGUAUUUGUCUGUGCAAUAUAAGAGCUGUGAUUUGGGACACAGCUUGAGUCUGGUUGUACAUCACCAAUGUGUAUAUAUAUAUACAUAUAUAUAUAUAUAUAUAAGGACCAGAAUCCCGGGCUUGCUUACACUACGAUUAGUGUAACGAUUGUCACACUUGAUUUUACAGGGCACAAGCAGUCCUGGAAUGGCUUCCUAACUGCAUGGUAAUGUCUACCAUAACCUGCUGUGUAAUUUCACAGAUGACAUUUCAUUAUUGCUAUUUCUCUCGCGGAAAGAAAUACUAAACCGAAGCACGAGGUAAGAUCGAAGGAUUAUGUGGUAGACUUGGGGCUACAUGGAAAAAAUCCAUCUUUUGUAUUGCAUCUGAUCCAGGGGUUUCAAAACGGUGAUCCUCAAGGCUUUGUGCCCUGUAAAACAGUGUAACUAUAUAAAAUAUAAUCUCCUUGUUUUGCCUCCUGCCUUGUUUACAUUAAACAGAGGAUAUUCAGUAAACUUUUACUAUUAAACUUUGUGUAGGUCACUUACUGACACAGUGCUGCCAAGAGGUGGGAUUUCCCAUGAGGAAUUGUUGAAACAGCUGCAUGACCAGACACACAAUAUUAAGUUUUAUGAAGGAGAUUGUGAUAAAUACCGAGUUUUCGUGCUAAAAAAAUGCAUGGAGGAUUAAAAGGGAUAUUCUUAAAAUAAAUUAAUUUCAAUGAAGCAACUGCUUCUAUUAUUACAGAAUCUGUAACAGGUUUCGUAUGGAUGACCUCGAGACAAAAAAUGUUUUAACAUUUCACGUCGUGCCUUUGAUCCUGAAGUCCUUUUGUUUGUUUUUAUUAUAUCCUUAAGUCCUUUCAUUUGUUUUUAGUCUGUCAGGGCAGCAUCUUCUGGAAUCGCCAUGUCCUGUACUGGUAGUGGGCAGGGCUUGGAGUGAAUCCGCACGCUCUUGCCCAUGAAAAUUGGAAGCUAAAGGAAAUGCUCAGGAUGGAGUCAUCCUGCACACAGAGGAACGUCUGUUCUUUCUGAGAAACCUAAUAUCUUUGAAGACUGCAGCUGGUCAAGAACUUGGUUUUCUAUUGGGUUUGAAUGCGGAGCGUGUCAGUCACAACAUUGGUUUAUUGAAUUGGGUACAAACAUUAUGUACACGAGUAAGCAUAAUCUCUUACUUCAGGGCCUUUGAGGAGGGCUUCUAUGCAUAAGUUUUUAUAUAAGUUUUUAUGUAAUUUAUAAUCGUAGUUGUUGGUAUUUUUUCUUAGUAUCUCAUCUAGUUUUGGAGUCCUUCAUGUGUUCAUCAGCCUUUUAAGAAUCCCGUUGCUCUGUAGGAUUCCCAUUGAGGGCUACACUUGGAUAUUAAGCUGCUUUUCCUCAGUAUUUAACAGCUGCAAGUGCUUUUGCAUCUUUAACAAGAAGAGAACUACAGCCAGAUGAUGCACUUGACAGCUUUUUUUUUUAUAGCUCUCAGCAUCUUUUCCCCCAUCCUCUUGGGUCUCAGAUUGUCAUCUCCCAUCCCAGAUGAUUUAUUUGCUGUGCCCGCAUGAGGCAUUUAGAGAUUUAGGGACAUGUUGGUGCUUUAAGCAGUGAGGAAGUUGUAUUGAAGUUACACAUCUUAUAUCUUCCUGUAUUUUUCUCUUACUUUGAUAUCCUUGAAAUGACUGCAUUAUUGAAGCAUGAUAAUCUUAUGGCACUUGCAUUCUUAUGCAAGAUGUUGUGGCUUUACAUCCUAUUGGGGGAAAAAAAACCACCCCAGUUUUAUCAGUGUGUGGUCUCUACUUCGUAUUCAUUAACUCACUUUACAGACUCUCAGGCGAAGCUCUCGAUGUAGGUACAAGAAGUGCAGGAUCUACUGAAUUUGUUAACCUUUAGGUAUUAGCAGAACUGAUGCUGUCAAAGCCUCAAGGAUUUUGGUAGUUCGGUGUGUGAUCCAAUUGGAUUAAAGUGGAUUAAUGCUCAGAGAAGUGAACCUGUCACAACUUGUGUGAGCCUUUUCAGCCUAAACCCACGUGUUCCUGGUGCAUCCUUUAUCAGCCAGUGUUCCCUUUGAAGGCUGAGAAGGAGAACGGAAGAGCGAUUUGGGAAUCAAGUGAAGCAUAUGGUGGAUGAAAGUUUUCAGGUGUCAUAAGCUCCUUGGGAAUGCCAAAAAAGAAAGUGUGAAAAGUAAAAAUUUUACAAGUUUGGACUGGUUGCUGGCAUUGCCUUUGGAGUCGGAGCUGUGAGGAUAAAAAGAUGCAUCGUGGAACACGGUAUCUCACCAGGCUAUUUAAAUUGCCCUUGCUGGGAUGGCGCAUGUAUAUAUUCUGAACUGUUCCAUUAAAUCCCUACUGGCUGUUAGAAUAAAUGCUGCUGGGGGUAUAAAAGCUGCUAGAAAAGCACUGUGGAACUCACAGCUUUGUCCAUGUCUUGUAACUUUGAUGAAGUAGAUCCAUCUUGCUGGCUUUGCCUUUCUGCUCUACAGCAUCA